GUUCAGUAGCCUUCAAAUUAGGUAGUGCAUCCUUUCGUCCCAUCUCCUUCAUUCAAUUAGGCUAGAGUUCGAUAGAUUCCUACACUAGGACUCAGUAAUAACUCCGUCUGGUUUUCAGUAGAUGAUAAUGGCUAAUGUGCUGAAAAUUUCACCUGGUUUUGAGUCUUUCAACGUCUACCUUUUAUGAUACAAAUACGAGUAGAACUCCAAUCAGUCUUUGUAGGAGAUCAUCUCGUCAACAAUGCAGGAUUUGCUUCUAUGUGCCUGAUUGAAAAUGCUAUUGAAAUACAGAAUUUGAGCCAGUUAUGGUAAUUUCAUGAUUCUGGUAUAUAUGCCCGCAUAAACGUACAACCAAGUUUGACAUUAUUCAAAUGGUACAGGAUGUGAACUUUUGGGGAUCAGUCUGUCCGAUUUACUUUGCAAUGCCUUCCCUGAAAAGAACGAAGGGGUCAAUUUUUGUGAAUGCAUCAGCUAGUUCACAUUUGAAUCCACCAGGAAUUAGCAUCUAUGCUGUUAGAAACAUAAAUGCACUCAAUGCAAGUAAAGCGGCAUUGCUCAGCAUCUACGAGACAAUGAGAGCUGAACUGGCUCCAGAAAUCUCGAUAACUACUGCAACUCUUGGUGUUAUAGAGCCAGAGAUGUCCAAAGGGAAGUACCUCAACAGAGAAGGAAUCACUCAAACUUUUAUUAAUCAGCUGCCAGUCAUGAGUGCUAGUGCUAGUGCUUGUGCAAAAUCAAUUGUGGAUGCAAUAUGCAGGAAAGAAAGAUAUGUGACAGAACCAAAAUGGUGGCGAGUUUUCUUCCUCUUGAAAACCUUCUGUCCUGAACUAAUUGAGUUCGCUAACCACACGUACAGCUUGCAAAUGAAAGCCUGCCUCCCGGAGCAGACUCCUUGCGGUCAGAAUCUUUCUUCGGGUGAGUACUUGGGCUUUAAAGCAAUGCCCUAUCUGAAGAGGACCAAGGGAUCGAUAUCUGUGAAUGCAUCAGCCAGUGCAUAUAUGCAUCCAUCAGGAUUCAGCAUCUACACUGCAAGUAAAGCAGCUUUGGUGAGCUUCUACGAGACGAUGAGAUCUGAAAUGCCUCCAGAAAUAUCGAUAACUACUGCAACUCUCAGCCUCGUAGAGUCCGAGAUGACCAAAGGAAAGCACUUGAACAGAGAAGGGACUACCGAAGUAAGCCCAGAAUUGGCAGAUACUUUAAUUAAUCAGCUGCCAGCCAUGAGUACUAGUGCUUGUGCAAAAUCAAUUGUGGAAGCCGUAUGCAGGAAAGAAAGAUAUGUGACAGAACCAGAAUGGUGUGCAGUUCUCUUCUUGCUGAAAGCCCCGUGUCCUGGACUAAUUGAGUUCGUUAACUGCCGCUUACACUUGAGGGUAAAAGCCUCUGUAGCCAAGAAUUUUUCAAUGCCACCACCGGAAAACAGAUCAGCCUAGCUGCAGUUUCUGGCUGCAAUCUACAAACUCUUAUUUUAGAUGGUGUUUGAUUUAUGGUCAUUUGGAAAAGAUAAGUGGACGAUAUUCUAGUCAGUAUGAAAUAUUAUUGAUUAAUUGAUUCCGUGUAUCGUAAGACGCAUAGAUUUUCUUUUUCUUUUUCAGAUUAUUGCG